UGAGCUGCCAUAAUCGUGUAAGAAAAUAACUUUAAGUAUAAUUAAGAUAAAAGUGAAAUUAUGAAGUGGUAGUCAAAAACUUAAAGUGAAAUAGUUAACUGUAAUCUGAAAGACUGUGAAAUAAUCACAAAAUGGCGACCGCGUCACAUUUAGGCAUCAAAGGCCUCGAAGGCCUCCACAGCGUGACGAUCAGGCAGAAAGUGACUGGUUUCUCUAACAACAAGUACGUGGUGGUGGCACCAGAUGGCGCUGUCAUUCUGUACGCCAAGGAGAACUCCGGCGCACUGAACCGGCUGUUCGGCGGGAAGGACCGCGCUUUUGAGAUUAACAUUUAUGACACACAGGAUAAAGAAGUAGUUCGCCUCCGCCGUCCAUACACGUUCGGCCCCGACAAGAUGGACGUAACCUUGUGUGGCAGUCUCAUCAGCGUGGUCCGACAGGAGGUCACCUUCUUCAAACCUGUACUUAACAUCAAUGAUGCCAAUGAUCGUCCUAUGCUGAGGGUCAAGGGACCUAUGGCUACUGCGGGAGAUGCUGAUUUUAAAUUAUACAAUACAAAGAAGCAACAAGUUGGUGUCAUCGCCAAGCGCUGGGGUGGACUGGCGCGCGAACUCUUCUCAGAUGCUGACCACUUCGAGAUCAGCUUCCCUGCUGACGCUACCGUCGGUGUCAAGGCGGCUAUCAUUGGAACUUGUUUCCUUAUAGUAAGUCAUAUCAACCUUAACGUCUGAUAGCUGGGGUGGGUGCGAGAACUCUUCUCAGAUGCUGACCACUUCGAGAUCAGCUUCCCUGCUGACGCUACCGUCGGUGUCAAGGCGGCUAUCAUUGGAACUUGUUUCCUUAUAGUAAGUCAUAUCAACCUUAACGUCUGAUAGCUGGGGUGGGUGAGAGAUCUCUUCUCAGAUGCUGACCACUUCGAGAUCAGCUUCCCUGCUGACGCUACCGUCGGUGUCAAGGCGGCUAUCAUUGGGACUUGCUUUCUUAUAGACUUCCUGCACUACGAGAACUGAUCGGUGAAGCUGAAGAUGUUAUCUUUGAUGUCAUAUUAUUAUAAAACGCAUUUAAAAUUAAGAUAAGCCGCACUUGUGCAUUAAAAUAUUAUCUACGUACUGUUUUCAAAAUAAACAAUUAUAACGAUCA